CCGUGCGGCGCCGGAGGAGGAAGUGUUGCGGCUGUUGCUGGGUCUGAACCCACCGCUGGCUCCCGGGGCGCAGAGAGGGGCUACCGCCAGCGCCGCCGCCGCCGCUGCCGAUUAGCGUUCCCCUGCUGCUCCCCUCCAUGUGCCCGGGCGCCGCCACUCCCCUUCCUCAGGCCGCCGCUUGCCCCGGGGUCUAUGGAAGUAAUGGAAGGACCUCUCAACUUGGCUCAUCAACAGAGCAGAAGAGCAGACCGUUUAUUAGCUACAGGGAAAUACGAAGAGGCUAUUUCUUGUCACAAGAAAGCUGCAGCAUAUCUUUCUGAAGCCAUGAAGCUGACCCAGUCUGAGCAGGCUCAUUUAUCACUGGAAUUGCAAAGGGAUAGCCACAUGAAACAGCUCCUCCUCAUCCAGGAGAGGUGGAAAAGGGCAAAGCGUGAGGAAAGAUUGAAAGCCCAGCAGAACACAGACAAGGAUGUAGCUACCCAUCUUCAGGCAUCUCACAAACCCUCUGCUGAGGAUGCAGAGGGUCAGAGUCCCCUUCUUACUCAGAAGUACAGCCCUUCCACAGAGAAGCAUCUGCCUGAAAUUCAGGGAGUCUUUGACAGGGAUCCAGACACACUACUAUUUUUACUUCAGCAAAAGAGUGAGCCAACAGAGGCAUGCAUUGGAAGCAAAGCCCCAAAAGAUGAUAAAACGAUUAUAGAGGAGCAGGCAACCAAAAUUGCAGAUUUGAAGAGGCAUGUGGAAUUCCUUGUGGCUGAGAAUGAAAGAUUAAGGAAAGAAAAUAAACAGUUAAAAGUUGAAAGGGCCAGACUUCUAAAAGGUCCAGUAGACAAGGAGCUUGAUGUAGAUACUGAUUUUGUAGAAAAAUCAGAGCUUUGGAGCUUGCCACCACAUUCAGAAACUGCUACAGCCUCUUCAACCUGGCAGAAAUUUGCAGCAAAUACUGGGAAAGCCAAGGACAUUCCAAUACCCAAUCUUCCUCCCUUGGAUUUUCCAUCUCCAGAACUUCCCCUUAUGGAGCUCUCUGAGGACAUGCUCAAAGGACUUAUGAAUAAUUAAAAUGGAAGGCCAUAGAAGAGGUGAGAAGAGGAAAUAAUACCAUUAAUCCAGCAAAACAAACAAACAAAAAAGGGAAAACCACAUGCCAGGGUGAUCUCAGAGAUGCACCAUCAUCUGGCAUACUGUAGGAGAAGAGGCGUUGCCAGGACUUGGAAAACAGUCACUGUGAAACAUGUUGCAUAUCUGAAUUACAGCUAAUGAUUCUGGACUGGGGAGACACUAACUCUUGGAGGCUCACUUUCUCCUGAUACAAACCAAAUGGCUACCUGGAAUAAUUUUUUCAAGCAACAAGUACUUUUCUUAUCUUCAGGGUUAAAAUGUAUAAAAGUAUGUUAUGUGUAGUUAAUCUAUAAUGCCAUAAAUGAUAAUGCCCUAAAUAAUAUGAUAGCCUGAGGGGCUGCCUUGUAUUUGAAACAUGCUUUUUGUCAUGCAUUGACUGUAUGCAUUUUGUUAUGCACAUUUUCUUUGUUUAAAAAAGGUGUGUGACGUACAUACCUUUCUAGAUGAAACUAUAUGUGCCACACUUUGCACUACUCAUAACAUAAUGAUAACCUCAAGACUAUCAGGAGAAAUAUUUAAAUUUCCAUUUUAUGAAAAAAGGAACCAAAUUCUUAGUUAUGCUUUUUUAAAAAAUUAUCAGUUUACAUAAUUAAUCAGGGUGCAUUUUAAGUUCUAACUUUUUUUUAUUUUAUAACGCAUCAUUUGAAAAUACCAAGGAAAUAUCCUUCUGUUUUUAAUGAUGCAUGAGUGAAAGUAAUGCUAGUUGGCACUAUUUGAUUGUAAGAAAUCAAUAAAGUAAUUGUGUUUUAUACCCUUGUUGAAUGUGAUUGGUAUUAAAAAGCAAGUUUUGUAUAGCUUCUCUCUGUGUUGUAAACUUUGAAUAUGAAUUUUAACAGAUGCAGCCAAAUGUUAAUUUGGUGUGUUAACCAUUUUCAUUGUUUUAUAAGUCAGGGUGACAGCGCACAGAAGUUCUGAAGUUAAAUGUGUUCCCAGCCUUUUUCUUGACUCUGCGUACAUGGUAAAUGCUCAGGGCUGUGCCAGGUUGGAAGCAGUGGUUCCCGAGGCAUCUGCCACCUACCCAGAGCACAGUGGCUGGGGAAUUGCUGCCUUGGCAUUCAUUCUCUUCUCUGCAGAGUCUGCAGAUGUUCCAGGAAUGGGAAGUGUAAGAGGAGGAUACAAGCAAAACUUCUUGGCAUGUGGAAAACGUGGACUUAGUUUACUGUAUAGAAAUAUGGGAGUGUCAGAAUAUGGGUGAACACCGUACUGCUUCCUGCCAGGGAAUUAAGGACAAUUGGUGGGUUGAGGGACUAGGGUUGGUCUCACAUGUUCAGUAAUGAAAUUAGCCUAAGUAAGUUCAAAUGAAGUGAACAAUUCAGAGGUCGUAUUUUUCCCUGUCUCAUCUUACUGCAGAUGAAACCAAAAAUAAACUACCUCUUAAGAUAUCUUAAGAGUUCUCUUUUGUUAAAAGUUGAAUAUUAUUUAAUAUGCCCAUCUCAGUGUUGUACUCACAGACUUUGAGAACAUUUGCUUGCCUAACCUUUCUUAUAAAACUCAAAACUUAAGAGUUUUGCACCAAAAAUGAACUACUUUUGGUCGUCAUUUCUCUUUAAAAAGUGGGAUUUGCUGUGUUUGACUUUGAGCACUUUCUAAUUCUGUUCUUUCUUCUGCCACCUUUCCCCCUUCUCCACUAGCCUUCACCCUUUCCAAACCUCCAGAGCAGAUUGCUGUUUUAUAGGACUUUCUUUGCAUUUCCACUAACAAAUACAUGUUAAAUAGACUAAAUUUAUUUUUCCAUUGUUUUUGAAGUUCUUAUUUGCACCAUUUCGUACCAUUGUUUAAUCUGCUUUGUAAGUUUUAUGUUUGAGUCUGUUACUAGAAUGUAUUUGCUUUAGAGCAGGACUACAUGGUACCUAUACAGCACGUCUCUCAUAGAGUAGAUACUGGGGGAAAAAAAAAGCAACAACUGCUGUUGAAUUGUAGGAACUAGCCUCUGGGAACAUGGG